AAUUGGUGUGAAACUAUCAUUAUUGUAUCGUAUAGUUUAAGAUAUUUCCUAUGUUAUUAGUGUUAGUCUACCUUUCAUUUUCACAUUUUUCACUUUGCACUCCAAAGAAAGGAUGAGAGUUCCCAAUUGUUCAUCAUUCUUCACUCCACCUCUACGCCAUUUCAUUACCUUAGUAAACACAUUGGGUUUCAUUCUCUUGAUCCUCUUUAUAUCUGGGAUCAUUGAGUUCCCAUCUUUUUCUUUAUUCUCACAAUUCUCAACCAAACCAAUAUUCAAAGAUCAAUCAAAGGCUUUCACCGAUGUGGUUGGUGCAUUCAAAAGGUGGGACUCCGAAGUGGGAUGUGUCCGAUUCAAGAAUGAGAUAAACCAACAAAGAAAUAAUGGUUCAAAUUAUAGUUUUUCUACUUCUUUGCAAGAUCAAUUGGAAUGUGGGGUGCUGAAAAUGAAACAUGUGAGCAUCUUGGUGAAAGGGUGGACAUGGAUUCCUGACAAUUUAAAUAGCAUGUACAUUUGCCCAUGUGGAUUAAGCUGCUUGUGGACAAAAUCACUGGUUCUUGCUGACAACCCUGAUGCCUUCUUGUUUGAAACGACUAAACCUCCAGCACAAAGAAUCAUAGGACAGCCACUUCGUGUAUACAUGGAUCUUGAAUCUAAAAGAAAGCGAUCAGGUCGUGAAGAAGUAUUUAUUAGUUAUCAUGCUAAAGAUGAUUUGCAGUCAACCUAUGCCAGUGCCAUACUCCAUAAUGGUCGAAAUUACCAUAUUUCUUCCCAUAAGAACAAUGUCCCGGUUGUUUAUUGGUCUUCAUCCCCUUGUACAACUCAAAGGAACAAACUUGCCCACAAACUCCUUAGUUUAUUACCUCACCAUUCACUUGGCAAAUGCCUAAAUAAUGUUGGAGGAAUAAAUAAGGCGCUACGUUUAUAUCCUGAAUGUGUAGAUAAUACUGCAAAACUUACCAAAUGGUGGAAUCAUUUACACUGUAUGAUGUCUCAUUACAAGUUUGUCCUUGUAAUUGAAGGCACUUGGACUGAGAGUUAUGUUACAGAAAAGUUAUUUUAUGCCUUGGACUCUGGUGCAAUUCCAAUCUAUUUUGGUGCUCCAAAUAUCAUGGAUUUUGUCCCUCCUCAUUCAAUAAUAGAAGGGGUGAAAUUCAAGUCAAUGGAGGAAUUGGCUUCAUAUGUGAAGGCCAUAGCAGAAGACCCAGUAGCCUAUGGAGAAUUCCAUGCAUGGAGAAGAUGUGGUGUGUUGGAUAACUACGCAAAAACUAGAGCACUGAGCCUUGACACUUUACCUUGUCGUUUAUGUCAAGCUAUUAGCAAAAAGGGGGGAAGAAAUGCAGCUGCCUAGGCUUGGAUAUAUAUUAAUAAUUAAAUAAAUUAUUUAUUUGAUGUAAUGGUGGGAACACUAUACUUGAUAAGUAUAUUGAUUAGUUCAUAGAAAAUAUAUUAAUAUUUUCUUAUAUA